AGCGCCAGGUGCAUCGCGCUUCAGGUGUUUUCGCUUUCUGCACCAAGAGGCAGGCCAUGGAGCAUUGUGCCAAUGUGAAAAACAUCUCAGAAGCUUCAGGAUACAACUUAGUUUGCGAGUCCCGUGGCAACCUAGAGUAAACACUGCACUGAGAAUAAAAGUCAUAGUCAACGACUGAAAUUUUGGGCGAGAUUCAUUUUAUCAGCCAAAUUCGGGUGAGGAAAUCAUCCUCGAAAUCUGAUUUAGGGAUUCAAACCGCCAAGUCUGACAAAAUUGGUCUGUAUUUUCAGAUUUUUUAAGUGUGAGAUAUGAACAGUAGGCGAUACAAAUAGAAUGGCCGAAGAAAUGCCAUACACAAAUGUACGACAGAAAAAAGAUCAGAUAUAUCAGCGAAACUCAAGGGGGAUUACCCCGGAUUACCUCUACAUUUUCCCGGAUUACCUCCAAAUUUCGGGUCAUCCGGAAUACCAAUUUUGCUGUCAGCCGGAUUACCGACGUCGUUACCCCCUUUGGUGAAACUGGAUCUUGUUUAGCUUGGGAAUAUCCUUUCACAGUGACACAAAAUAAGAAUUCCAGAAGACCACCCCUCAUAUCCUUUCCGCGAGUACCCGUAGUCAGCCCUGCUCUCAAGUAAUCAUCAGCUGCGGCCGGCGGCAGAUGUUUAUUUUAGCAUCAAUAAAAUUAUUUGAACACU